AUGGAGCUCCUUGAUUUCCUGACCCGCCCAGGCUGGUGGGUUCGCGGAGUCGAGGACGGCUUGGCUCUUGAUGAAGCGCUGCGUGAGGGCACUCCUGAUAUUGCAGUGGUGGACCUGAACCUGCCUGGCGAAGAUGGCCUGAGCAUUUGUCGGCGCCUGCGGGCAGCGUUGCCGGAUGUAGGUAUCGUCAUGCUCACUGCGCGGCUCAUGUCAAGCGAUCGCGCCACGGGCUAUGUGCAUGGCGCGGAUGUAUACCUCACCAAGCCCACCAAUGUGCACGAGCUGGAGGCCGUCAUCCAGAACCUGGCCCGCCGUGUGCGGCGAUUGCCGAUAGCUGCGUGGAGCCUGGACAUGCGAGCGCACACACUGGGGCUUGCUGAGGGGCCGCUGCUGCACCUGACUCCGACCGAGGCCAAGCUGUUGUGCGAGUUAUCUUUUGCGCCCGAUCAGUGUCUGGACUCAGAUGCGCUGGCCAGCCGCCUGGCUGGCAUGCAGGGCACGAUCAGCCGCGAGAACCUUGCGGUGAUGAUCAGCCGCCUACGCCGCAAGAUCACGCAAGAGCUGCGUGCUGAAGAUGUGCUCAAGGCCAGCCGUGGCUACGGCUACCGGCUCAGCCGUUCCGUGGUGGUGAUGCAGCACUAA